AUGGAAUAUCCUUACAAAAAUGAUCGAAAAAUUUCAAGAUCCUUCUCUCUAUUAAUUCUAUUUACUUUAAUAAAUAUUAAUUUGGCCAUUUUAUUCUCUCCAAUUAAUGCCUGUGAUCUUUUCCUUUUAAAUAGAGGAAAUACUUUGGGAUGUGGGGGAUUAUGUCCUCCUAGUUGUGGAUUGUCGUUGCUUAAUUUGGCGUCACCAUUUCAAGGAGCUCUUCCACUUCCUCCACAACCACCACCAACCAUCUUACAGCCUCAAAUCCCCGCUGCAUAUACAGCUCCAAGGCUUCUUCCACCGCCCUUUUUUAGAGCUCCUUCACUGCUUCCUCCACCACCUAUUUUACCGAAUGUUUUAGCACCGCCUAUAGUCCAGACUGCUCCAAUUGUAUGUCUCGGAAUUUUAUUUCAACUUAAAAUUAAAUUUAUUCAAAGGUUCCCCCUCCAAAAAUAUUGCAGCCUGAGGUCUCUAAUCUUCCAACACAAGGUACAGAAAUAUUCCUAA